ACUUUGCAUGUUCUACGAACACAUUAAAUGAACAACUAGAAAUGUUAAAAAAAAAAGACUCUGAAAUAUUCACAAUGAGAUCAGAUUUUACUAUUUUGGUAGACGAGUUGAAACAAAUAGUAAAUGAGAAAUCAAAUUUGGAAAAUAGAUUAAGUCAAGUAACAGAAGAAUUGUAUUCUACGACUGAGAAUCAUGAACAACUAUUAAACAAAUUUGAAGAGCAGAAAGAGGAAUUAAAUAACAUGAAAUCUUGUUCAAAGGUAAAUCUCUGCGCUGAUGAAUGCAUAUCAAAAGAAAUCUGUGAAAAAACACAAACACUUUCAAACGAUAUUAAAAUCAUAGAUGGAUUGGAAAAUAAAUUAUGCGAUAUGAAACUCCAGUUAAAAGAAACAGUAAAUUUGAAAACAAUUUGUGACAAUCAAUGUAAGAACAUCUGUAUACAAAAUGUAGAACUGAAGAACGAAUUAGAAAUAGAAAAAAACAAAAACAGAAAAAAUAUUUAUAAUGUUGAAAAUCUUUGUAAACGAAUUCUUAAAUUUGAAGCCGUAAUAAAAGGUUUUGAGGUUCAAAACAAAUUAUAUAUAGUGGAAAUUGCUGAACUUAAGGAAAAUAAAUGUAUUGCAGAAAAAAAAUACAACGAAAUAAUCAACGAAUUAAAUUUAACUAUUGAGCAAUUAAGAAAAGAAUUAGUUACUACUAAAUUAAAGGCUGAAAAAUAUGAACAAUUUUUGAAAAAUUUAAAUGAUGAAGACAAAAAAUAUUAUGAGCAACAAAUUAAGUCAUUAAACAAUAAUAUUGAGAACUUGAAAACUGAACUUAAAUAUUAUAAAACUCAAUAUGAUUCAUUAAUGACAAAAAACCUGUUAAACGAAAAAGAACUUUCGCAAUUUAUUGAGAAGAUUCAACUGUUGCAAACUCGAGAAUUUGAAUUGAACAAGGAAAACGAAGAAAAUAAAGAACACGUGUCAAUGCUAUGUACAACUGUGGAUGCUAUGAAAAGAGAACUAGAAGAUACAAUACAGAAAAACCACGUAUUAACUUGUCAAAAUCGUAAUUUAGAAGCGACAAAUGUCGUGCAUUGCGAAGACAUCGAUAAAUUGAAUAAUACACUCGUUUGUGUAAGAAAAAAUGAAUCAUAUGUACGAAAAGAUUUGGUUGUAUAUAAAGAAGAACUGGCGAAAGCGAAUGAAGAAAUUGAAAAUUUGAAUUCAGAAAUCAACUACGUCCAAAAUAAAUUAGACACAACUUGUGUCAACUUGAGUUGUACAGAACAAAAGCUACAAGAUACUGAGUUGAAAUUGAACGAGGAGAUAUGUCUAAAAGAAAAAAUCAAUGACAAAUAUUGUAAUAUGGUCAACUGUCUGACAACGAAUUGUAACAUGGAGCAAUCAAUAAAACCAACUAGUCUGAAAUCCACCGAAUGUCAAUAUGAGAUAGGAGACUACUGCUGUUUUAAUGAUGAAAACAACGCGUCAUGUAAUGCUACAAAUGAUGAUGUACAGGCACUACACUAUGAAAAUAAUUUCUCAAUUAUCGAUUGUAAAAUGACAAAAGAAUCUACUCAUAUAGGACUACAGACAAAUUUGUGUUGUCCGGAUAUUUGUCCGCCCAUUAGUAAAACGGUAUCAGUGAUUAUUGAGCAAUCCUGUCCAAAUGAUAACAUUCUAUGCUGCCCCGAACCAUGUAAUGUCAAUAAAUGUGACUUUGGCCAAUGUGAAUCAAAUAUCAGUUGUACAUGCCUAUGUGAGUCACCACUCAAGACAGCAUCACAAACACAUUGUCAUUCAGACGACUGUUUACGUCCUGAAGAAUCAAAACUCACGACAACGUGCGAUUGUAUUGCGGGCUUCUUGGAAAAAGAAAAUUUAAAAUGUCAACUGGACGAGUCGGAAAAAUUAUUGAAACAAUAUGAACAAAAAGCCAAAGAUGCCGAAUUAAAAUUAUGUGCCAUUGAAGAAGAACGUUGUAAAAAAGAACUGAAUAUGAAUAAGUGUUUGGAUAAGGAAAAAUCGGAAUACCAAACCAAUCUGGAUGAGGUAACAGCUCAAUUAAGAUCAUGCAAUGAAACGAUUGCGUGUAAGGAAAAUGAUUUGAAAUGCUGUCGAUCAAGAGAAAAUCAAUUGAAAAAAGAUAUAGAAAAACUGAAGGAAACUUUAAAAUGCAAAGAUAAAAAAAUCAAAGACUAUGAAAAUAAAAUGAAUUCGCUAAAUGACUGCUUAGAUGAGUGCAAAAAACAAUUUGUAACUCUUAAAUGCUCGCUGGAGUUGGAAAAAGCCACUAAACUAGAGUUGGACAAACAAUUGGAAACCUUCGACGAUCAAUCCGAAAAAAAGAUCGUAAAGAAAUUAAAAACACCUGAGAAAGUCGCAGUGAAGAAACAUCGGAAAAGUGGGUCUGUGCGGAAAAAUAAAUCUAAGAUUAGUCUUAAAGAGAAAAAAAAGGUGAUGACACCUUGUGAAAGGCAAAGGAUGAGAUCGGGAGCCGACCAUGAAUCGGUGCAUGGCUUCAGUGGAACUAAACUAGAAAUGAAUAGUCGUCGUCAUUACAACGGCUAUAAAGACGAUAGCCACAACUAUCCGUGCGAGAACUCACGAGGAAUCAGUAAAGGUGACCUGGCGACACAUACGUUACCUGCUGAAUUCAUCGAAUCGUUACGGCAACAAGUGCGACAAAAUGUCGUCUGCGAAAACACCAAAUGUUCUACGAUGGGAUGCUGCUACGACCGAACCCGGCGUUAGAUAC